AUGUCGAUCCUCCUUUCCAUCGAUGGCGCAGAGCAUAGUGCCAGCAUCGAGGGGCAGCAUGUCAACGGCGAAGAGCAGCGCUUAGCCGUGCGUCAGCUGAACAAGCUCUUGAUGCGUACGGGCGUGUACUUCACUCGAAUGGAUUUGCAGUUCGCACCAGAGGCCAAGAGAGCCUUGCUCACAACUGUGCCCGGAAGCCUGCGAACAGCAGACCAGGAGGUGCUGCUCUCCUAUUACUCGUUGCCGCGCGCGGCACUGCACGGGCUCGUUGUGUCUGCCGAGCAGGAGAUGUCUGUCCUAGGUGACGCCUACGUGGACCCACGUUUGGGUCCGUUUGCUCGUGGGGAGGACGGUGGUGAUCUUCACACCGUUUGCGAUGCUUUGGGAACGUUUCCUCACUGGUACGAGAUCGGUCCCGAGCAGCCGGUUGAAGAGCCUCCUUUCGAGCAACUUCAUACUUGCACUUCUGAGGACGGUACGUGCGUCAACCAUGUGAUGAGCAUUUUCGCCGGUUCCUGCACAUGGUGGUUUCGGCAAAGCGACCGGCUCCACUGCUUGAAGGUGUCGUGCGACAGUCAGUCUGGCUGGAGGGUCGUGUUUCGCGGAGAUCUUCCAUGUGCCUAUCGCUUCUCUCGGAAGAGCAGGUGUUUGCAUCAGGCCUUCGGCCCUGCAAAGUGGUCACUUUGUGGUGUAGAUGGUGGGUCAAAGCCAACACACUGGCCAUGA